GACCUUCUGUGAACGUACUACACACAAACUAUUUCGGCAUACAGACACUAUUCAUCCCAAACCAUGAUUUAGACCGCAGUUAUAGCAUUCGUAGUUUUUCUUGAAGCCCGCAUCUGUCUCUUAGUGAAGUUUCUCUUUCUUUGACAGCAUAACUAGCACACAUCCCGUCUUGAAAAUGUCAGCGACCGCGAACACUUUUCCAACCAGGCAUAAGAAAAAGCCUGGCGCGGCUACGGUGAAGCCCGGUACGCUCGCAUUUGCGGGUAGUGCCUCCAGCGAGCACUAUGAAUACGACCUGCACAGCGGCAUUGUCAUUCAGAGGAGUUUGAAAAACAUGUAUCCUAAGUGAAAAUGGCCCCCCCGCGUAGUCAAGAUGACAGCUUUGCUACACAAGCCAAGGACUUUUCGCUGUUGUGCAUGGCAACUUUGAGCUUCUUCUAGUGCAGGGGCAUGUCAAAUCAAUCUUCUAAUGAUCUCGAUUCGAGAAAAACAAGAUCCCAGAUAGCGAUAGCAAAUGUUGCAUCAGAAACAUUUGUAGAAAUGCACGUUUGCAUAAAUAUCAAAGCUGGGGUAGGAACGUUUUUGCACAGGACUACAUGGCGGCCAUUCUUAUCGAACCGGAGGGAGGAAAGCAGCGAAUUUUCAUGUUCGACUCCGUGGAGCUUCUUGACAAAUUCGUCGCCGCAUGUACUGCAUGUCAAGCUGGCAAUAAGAAUGCCGAGCAGAAACCGGAGAUGCAAGAACCGGCACCGGGUCGUACACCGAGUGGUGCGGCGAGCAAUAGCGAACCAGAACAACCGGGGGAAGACGCGAAGGCGUCAUCGAGAAUAACGACAGCAGAUCAGAAACUACCCCAGCAAGAAGCACCGCUACAAGAAGAGGACGCGUGGUCCAAGCGGAUCGCGGCUUUUCUCGAGGGCGAUGAGGACAACGAGUACCUGCAGAAAAUUCUAGAUGCGCACGGGGCGCUUUUCGAACAGUAUGUCCUCGAGGAGCGAUCACACACACCCGCCCAGUUCCUCCGGCACGUACUGUCUACCAUGACAAGCGACGCUAGCAUAAACCAACAGUUCGCCCUGCCGCAGGCGCGACCGCAACCAAGCGCAUUCGUAGCGUCCGCAGGACCUGAGCGCGACUUCUCCCGCUACCUGAACGCCUUCGCAACGGAGGAUGGUACAGUUGGCCUCGACAGCGAUAUUCGCCAAGCACUGCUCGAAGAGAAUCCGCCACUGCAGAAACUGCACCGACUGUACGUAAACGACCGGUACAGCGAUGACGAUUUUUGGAACGAGUUUUGCAUAUCAACGUGAAAAUUGCUCCGACCCUCAGAACAAGUUGAUGGCACAGUGGUGAUUGUCGAUCCAAAGUUGUCAUGCCUAGGUGGACUCAAGGAUUUGUCAGGGGCAUACAGCGCUGUGUCAAUGAAUCCACGGUGGAGACAAUUUUUCUCGUAAUACCCAACGCAAUCAAACUACUUCCUCCUGUUGCAGGGAAAGAACGAUGUGCGUCGCCGACACAACCCGAAAUUCGAUCCCUACAUUCCACAGGAGCUGAAGUUUGACCAGGAGAGUAAUCCGUCUGGCUUCGCCCACCUCAACGUCGCGGGGACUUCGUCGUCUGGUGCACGUAACGCCGCGAAUGUAUUACCUACUCAGCACGAACUGACCCUCGACGCCAGCUCCGCGCCGUCGCGAAGAAAAAUGCAACAGCUGCUCGGCGAAAUGGACGAUCCAAAUGCGGCGGGUGUGGUGCAAAAAUUGGACGAUGAUAGCAACCAGAAGUGGCGCCUGACGCAGUGGAAUAACAACGACCAAAAGAUGCUCGCAUAUGGCACAGAAAGUUUUCUUCAUCUCAGUGAAUGACCAUGAGCCCAAAUUCCACGAACAUUUUGCAACCCAUUAUGUAUCUGUCUUGCACGACAAUGCACUGAAUUCAUUUUUUCAAGUACCGGCCGGGCACCAAGUAACACGGCCAUGCACGAUCUCGCAGUGACCCCUCGUCGUGACUCUCUCGAAAAGUCCAGUUUGCACGCGUGAUGGUAAAAAUCUGCUUGCGUGCCCUCUGUCUUCUCGGCCAAGGACUCGGGAACCUGGUUUGAUGAAAACGGUUUCCAUAGGAUUUCCUGGGCGCCGAACUCGGAAAAGCACACACAUCAAGGACGCGGAUUUUGCAUCGCGUAAACCAGCUAUCAGCAAGGGCGCUGCCGCAUCUGCUGCCGAGCCCGGCAUCUGGCAAGGAACCUAGCGUGCGAUCCAGUAGCGAUGACGAGAACGAGAUGGAAGAAAUGGUAGAACUAUCGCGAAAAAAACGGCGCCUCGCAGAUCCGUCGGGCUACGCGACCGAAACUGGUGUAGCACGAUCGGACGGCACAAACAACAACCCAAGCGACGCCAGUUUGAGCACCGACCCCAGGAAGCCGGCACCGAAGUCCUUUGACGGAAACACGCUGAGUCCGAUUGAGCACGAGGUGCUCAAAACUAUAGCAAAUCGCAGGUACCAGCUUCCUCAGGACAAGUGGCCCAGCAGUGUCAGCAUGCGCAGCAUUCGCUUUCCGGACCACCCGCAGGUGCAGAACGCGUCGAAGCACCUCUUGACCAAGAAGGACAAAGACAAAACCGCGGAUCAGGGGCACCAGACGAAAGCUGUGCAGCCGCCCGCCAUCCGAAUCAGCAAAAACGAUUUCAGGCUGCUGGAGCAGCAGCUUCAGUUAUUCUACGCACCCAUGAGCACCUUGAAGCAGAGGCAGCUCAUCUUGCGCAAGUUGGAUAUGGCGAUCGACGAGCUGCAGCAAGAACGGCUCGGAGCGAAUGAGAGGUACAGGCGCACCAGUACUAACAACGCCUGUCCGCAGCAUUUUUUAAACCAGGUCGAACACGCGAAAAAACACCUCGAGCGCAUGCUGAAUGCGAUUGAUCCGUGAUAAGUGUUUCUGUAUUGACCCGCAGGUGAUGAUUAGAACAACC